CCCAUCUCCUCCCUCCUGUCCCUCCCCCUCCCUCCUGUCCCUGCGGCGUUGCCGCUCGCGCUGCGCGGAGUCUGCGGGGCGUUGAGGUACCGGCGGGCGGGUGUCGCAGGGCGUGUCACGAGGUGCGUCGGGAGGCGAGGACGAGGGAGGAGCCGUCGCUCGGCCCCCCCGCGGUCGGCAGGGCUCCCCGAGAAGAUGGCGGACCGCGCGGACAUGUUCUCUCUCUCCACCUUCCACUCGCUGUCGCCGCCAGGCUGCAGGCCUCCCCAGGACAUAAGCCUGGAAGAAUUUGACGAUGAAGACCUCUCUGAGAUCACCGAUGACUGUGGUCUGGGCCUCAGCUAUGACUCGGAUCACUGUGAGAAGGACAGCCUCUCUCUGGGGCGUUCGGAGCAGCCGCACCCCAUCUGCUCCUUCCAGGAUGACUUCCAGGAGUUUGAGAUGAUCGAUGACAAUGAAGAGGAGGAGGAGGAGGAGGAGGAGGAGGAGGAAGAAGAGGAGGAAGGAGAAGGAGAGGACAAGGAGGGAGGUGGCCCUGGCUCAGAGGCCCCUGCCAGGGAGCCCCUGAUCCCCUCCCCCUCCCCCUCCCUGGAGGAGCCGCACAAGCACCGGCCCACCACCCUCCACCUGACUACAAUGGGAGCCCAGGACUCCCUGAACAACAAUGGAGGCUUUGCCCCAGUGCCUCCAGCCUCCUGGCAGGAGACAGUGCUGCGCUCACCCCCCCAGGAGCCCCUCAGAGAGCCGUCGGCCCCCCUCCCGCCCACAGACGGGAGCUCCAGCGGGGCACAGUCGCCUGUGCCCCCAGGUUGCGACUGUGAAGGGAACCAGCCUGCGGGGCCCCCGGCGCCAGAUGGGGCCUCGCCCUCCUCAGAUCCCGGCAUCGAGGCGGACCUGGGGAGCCGCUCCAGCGGGGGCCAUGGGGGCCGGCGCAGCAGCCAAGAGCUGUCGUCCCCGGGCUCCGACUCGGAGGACGCGGCGGGCGCGCGCCUGGGGCGCAUGAUUUCGUCCAUCUCCGAGACGGAGCUGGAGUUGAGCAGUGAUGGCGGCAGCAGCAGCAGCGGCCGCUCCUCGCACCUCACCAACUCCAUCGAGGAGGCCUCGUCGCCUGCCUCGGAGCCCGAACCCGAGCCAGAGCCCGAGCCCGAGCCCGAGCCCGCGCGCGAGCCCCUGCGCCGCCCCGCCUUCCUGCCCGUGGGCCCCGACGACACCAACAGCGAGUACGAGUCGGGGUCUGAGUCGGAGCCAGACCUCAGCGAGGACGCCGACUCGCCCUGGCUGCUCAGCAACCUGGUGAGCCGCAUGAUCUCCGAGGGCUCCUCGCCCAUCCGCUGCCCUGGCCAGUGCCUGUCCCCCGUGCCACGUCCUUUGGGGGAGCCCGCGUCGCCGGCCGGCGGGGCCCCCGAGGCACCUGUGGGGUCUGGUGGCGUGGAGCUGGUGGACAUGGAGACGCUGUGCGGGCCGCCGCCCCCCGCGCCCUCAGCACCCAGGCCCGGCCCGGCGCAGCCCGGGCCCUGCCUGUUCCUCAGCAACCCCACGUGCGACACCAUCACGCCUCUGUGGGCGGCUCCGGGCCGCGCCGCCCGCCCCGGCCGCUCCUGCUCCGCCGCCUGCUCGGAGGAAGAGGAGGACGAGGACGAAGAGGAGGACGAGGACGAAGCCGAGGACAAGGCGGGGCCCUCCGGGAGCAGGGGCGCGGGCCCCGCGGCGCCGUUGGACGCCUCGCUGGUGUACGACGCGGUCAAGUACACGCUGGUGGUGGACGAGCACACGCAGCUGGAGCUGGUGAGCCUGCGGCGCUGCGCCGGCCUGGGCGACGACAGCGAGGAGGACAGUGGCGGCGAGACGAGCGAGGAAGAGACUGGGGCUGCAAUGCUAGGCAACGGUCAGGGCCCCAGGGACGCCUCCCCAGACAGCCCUGACCUCACCUUCUCCAAGAAGUUCCUCAAUGUCUUUGUCAACAGCACCUCUCGAUCUUCCAGCACCGAGUCCUUUGGCCUUUUUUCCUGCCUGGUCAACGGGGAGGAGAGAGAGCAAACCCAUCGGGCUGUCUUCAGGUUCAUCCCUCGCCAUCCUGAUGAGCUGGAGCUGGAUGUGGACGACCCUGUGCUGGUGGAGGCCGAGGAGGACGACUUCUGGUUCCGUGGCUUCAACAUGCGCACGGGCGAGCGUGGGGUCUUCCCUGCCUUCUAUGCCCAUGCAGUGCCCGGCCCUGCCAAGGACCUGCAGGGGAGCAAGCGGAGUCCCUGCUGGGUGGAGCGAUUCGAUGUGCAGUUCCUGGGCUCCGUGGAGGUGCCCUGUCACCAGGGCAACGGCAUCCUGUGCGCAGCCAUGCAGAAGAUUGCCACUGCUCGGAAGCUGACCGUCCACCUGCGUCCGCCUGCCUCCUGUGACCUGGAGAUUUCUCUUCGGGGGGUCAAGCUGAGUCUAAGCGGAGGACCGGAGUUCCAGCACUGCAGCCAUUUCUUCCAGAUGAAGAACAUCUCGUUCUGCGGCUGCCACCCCCGUAACAGCUGCUAUUUCGGCUUCAUCACCAAACACCCUCUGCUGAGCCGCUUUGCCUGCCACGUCUUUGUCUCCCAGGAAUCCAUGAGGCCCGUGGCCCAGAGUGUGGGCCGCGCGUUCCUGGAGUACUACCAGGAACACCUGGAGUACGCCUGCCCCACAGAGGACAUCUACCUGGAGUAGCUGCUUGUCGCCCUCCUGCUCCAGGUGCACCUGGAGUUCACCUGCCCCACAGAGGACAUCUACCUGGAGUAGCCGCCGCUCUCCUGCUCCAGGUGCAGCUGGGCUGGGGGUGUCUCAAGAGACCACCGUGGCUUUGGCAAGGACUGGAUUGGGGGCACGUGGACCUGCUGUCCAGGGAGUCUCUGGGGCUGUGCUGGGGACUCUCCUCCUCGUUCCCAGGGGCUGUGGGAGCGUGGAGCCCGCCCCUCCCCCUUUCCCUC